AUGGCAGACCUCAAUCUUCAAGAGAUUCAUGAUCUCUUGGUCAGCGUGGCCCAUGAGGCAGGCCGCAUGAUAAUGCGCGCAACCCCGUCGCAACUGUCCUCCGGCACAAAGAAGAACUCUGCUGACCUUGUAACGGAAACCGACCAAGCUGUCGAAAAAAUGGUCUCAACCCGCCUUAUGUCUAGCUACCCAAACUUCUCCUUCAUCGGCGAAGAGACAUACGUUCCCGGCUCUACGAAGCUCACCUCCGCACCCACAUUUAUUGUCGAUCCUAUAGAUGGAACCACGAACUUUGUGCAUGCGUUUCCGGCUUUCUGCGUCUCUCUGGGCUUUGCGGUUGAUAAAAUCCCUACCAUAGGUGUGAUCUAUAACCCAUUUCUGGAUGAACUGUACACGGCGAUAAAGGGAAAGGGCGCAUUUCUUACAAGGAAUGGAGGGGAAAAGGUUAAGCUGCCAUUGAAGAGCGAGCCAGAGCCACUUAAGGAUUUGAGCACAUGUCUCAUAGGCGCAGAAUGGGGUUCUGAUCGCACUGGGGUGAAUUUCGAGCUGAAGACCAAGGUCUUCGCCAAACUGGCAGCAUCGAAGGAAAAUGGAGGGGCAAUGGUUCACAGUCUGCGAUGCAUGGGUUCUGCAGCAUUGAACCUGGCAGCUGUGGCGACGGGACAGCAAGACGUGUUUUGGGAGGGAGGAUGUUGGGCUUGGGAUGUGGCUGCUGGAUGGUGUAUUCUCAACGAGGCCGGUGGAAUCAUGGUUAGUGGCAAUCCUGGGGACUGGAAACCGGAGAUUGAUGGGAGGAAGUAUCUCGCGGUCCGUGCAGCGCCGACCGGGCAGAAGGAGAUUGUUGAGGAGUUUUGGGGAGUGAUUGGGGAUGGGAGAUUGGAGUAUGAGAGUUAA